GGGCUCUUUUUCUCUCCACUCAGACAGAAUCAUUCAAGAUGUCUUCUUCUAUUACACCAACCACCUCCCUUCGGAAGUACGAUGUCUUUCUGAGCUUCAGAGGACCCGACACUCGCCGCAACUUCAUCAGCUUCCUCUACAAAGAACUCGUCCAAAGGAACAUCCGCACCUUCAAAGACGACAAGGAGCUUGAGAGCGGCCAGAGAAUCUCGCCGGAGCUAGACCGCGCCAUCGAGGAGUCGAAGUUCGCCGUCGUUGUCGUCUCCGCGAACUACGCAGCCUCCACAUGGUGCCUUGAAGAACUCGUCAAGAUCAUGGAUGUCGAGAAUAAAGGCUCCCUCACCGUGAUCCCCGUCUUCCACGGCGUUGACCCGUGUCACGUGAGGCGGCAGAUCGGUCAAGUCGCCGUACAGUUGGAGAAGCACGAGAUGAGAGAAGAUCGCGAGAAAGUCCUCUCGUGGAGACAAGCGUUGACCAAUCUCGCGAGUAUCUCCGGCGUCUGCACAUUGAAAUGGGAAGAUGACUCGAUGAUGGUCGAUGAGAUUGCUAAGAGGAUAUCAACGGUGAUUGAUACAACGAGAAAACCAACGAGAACCGGAAGUAACCUAGUGGGGAUUGAUGCACACAUGAAAGCGCUGUCACGGUUAGUAGAUCUGAACUCUUCGAAGAAGAAUGUGAGAGUUGUCGGGAUUUGGGCGAGAGGAGGCAACGGUAGAUCAGCUCUCGCUAAGUUCGUGUACCAGAACAUCUGUCAACACUUUGAAAGCCAUUGCUUCCUGGAGAACGUGAAGAGGACAUCUCAGGAUCGGCACAUGUCGCAUCUACGCCAAGAGGUUCUUAAAAGGGUGCAAGUAGAAUCGAACCAGAAGGUUCUGCUAGUGGCGAACGAAGUUAAUAAACUUGAACACUUUGAUGCUCUUGCAGAGGAUUUCAGCUGUUUUGGACCGGGGAGUAUAGUUAUCAUCACUACACAAGACAAGCAGCUUCUUGUUUCGGCCGGGAUAAAGCUUGUUUACGAAGUGGAGCUUCUGAGGUUCCGGAAAGUUCGUGAACUAUUUAGACAGUUGGGCUUCAGAGUGAGAGAGAGAGCCAUUGAGUCGGUUUUGUGUAAGGGAACUAGUCUUGCCAUGAAAUGGUUAAGUUGUUGUCUACGUGUUAGAUCUGGUUAGGGGAAAGUAUCUUAAUCGUUUUUUUUUCAUGUAUCAUUAAGUUUAGUGUGGCUAAACCUAGUAAGAUGUGGCUUACACCUAGGAAUGUUUUAUACUAUUUUUGGAGUGAGUUUGCUGGUGUAUAGAAGAAUUAUCAUUCUUGAUUUGAUUAAAUAAUACAAAUUCUUUUUCAA